GUCAACAAGAGAAGCAUAGUAUCAUUUAUCAAUGGCCACUCUAACUUCAUCUUCUCUUCUCUUCACCAAUCUCUCUUCACCAUCUCUCUCUCCCCCAUCUCUCUCAUCUCUUUCUUUCUCUUCCAAUGUUUCUUUAUCCAUUUCUUUAUCUCAUCAUCACCAUCAUAACACUACUCUCAGCUUUUCAUCAUCAUCUUCUUUUUCUAGUAAAAAACUAUCUUCAUUUACAGUUAAAGCUGCUGCUGUUGCUUCAGAAAAGAAGAAAGUGCUCAUUGUCAACACAAACAGUGGUGGCCAUGCUGUCAUUGGAUUCUACUUUGCUAAAGAGCUUUUGAGUUCUGGCCAUGAUGUUACUAUUCUUACUGUUGGUGAUGAAGCUUCUGAUAAGAUGAAGAAGCCUCCCUUUUCAAGAUUUUCUGAAAUUGUGGAAGGUGGUGGCAAGACAGUAUGGGGUGAAGUUGGUGCAAUUGGGACAGUUUUGGAAGGAUUGACCUUUGAUGUUGUUUUGGAUAACAAUGGCAAAGAUUUGGAUACUGUGAGACCAGUGGCAGAUUGGGCGAAAAGUGCAGGUGCAGGACAGUUUUUGUUCAUCAGCAGUGCAGGAAUUUAUAAGCAAACCGAAGAGCCACCUCAUGUUGAAGGGGAUACUGUAAAAGCUGAUGCUGGUCAUGUUGCUGUCGAAAAAUACAUCUCUGAGGUGUUUGGAAACUGGGCCAGCUUCCGACCACAAUACAUGAUUGGUUCUGGCAACAACAAAGACUGUGAAGAGUGGUUCUUUGAUCGUAUCGUCAGGGGAAGGCCAGUUCCAAUCCCGGGAUCUGGUAUGCAACUAACAAAUAUCUCACAUGUUAGGGAUUUAUCUUCUAUGCUAACAAAAGCAGUUGAGAACCCGACUGCUGCAAGUGGGAUUAUUUUCAAUUGUGUAAGUGAUCGAGCAGUAACUCUAGACGGAAUGGCUAAACUAUGCGCCAAAGCAGCAGGUUUGCCCGUUGAGAUUGUGCACUAUGAUCCAAAAUCCAUUGGCAGUGAUGCAAAGAAAGCCUUCCCUUUUCGCAAUAUGCAUUUCUAUGCGGAACCAAGAGCUGCAAAGGACAUUCUAGGAUGGCAAAGUAGCACAAAUCUACCAGAGGACUUGAAAGAGAGAUAUGAAGAGUAUGUGAAAAUAGGGAGAGACAAAAAGACCAUGAAGUUCGAUAUCGAUGAUAAGAUAUUAGAAUCCCUAAAAGCGCCGGUUGCGGUCUAAUAAGACACGAACAGAGAGUCAAUAAGUUUAUGAUCCAAUUUCUUGAAGUGUUAAUAUAUGUAAGUGAAUUGUUAUGUGCCUAAUGUUGCAUUGCACCAACACAAUAGGCAUUAUGUGAUUAUUUUGAGAUAAAAGAAGACCCAUUGUAGCGUUA